UUUUUAUCACUGAGAACAUUAUAGAACAAAUAGAAUAUUUUGGGCUGAGUACAAAAUUGUUGUCUCUUAUUGCUGAUAAUACCACCAACAUGGAUGCAUAUGGUCAUCAUUUAGCAAGCCUGCUCCAAUCACAUUAUAAUAAUACUAAUUUUUGUAAAAUAAGAUACACAUCUUAUAUAUUGAAUGCUGUUAAAGCAGGAAUAUCAGUUCUUGAUAAGUCUGUAAAAAAAGCUCAUGAAUUUACCAGUCAUAUUCGACACUCUCAGCCUUGUUUUGAAGAACUUAAAAAA